UAUUUUUUUUUAUUUUUAGAGAAGCCUUGUGGACAUCCUGGCGAUACUCCAUUUGGUUCUUUUCAUCUUGAAGGAGGAAAUGAAUUUGUAUAUGGUGCAAAAGUUGUUUAUAAAUGUGAUGAGGGGUAUAGAAUGUUAGGUGAGAAUAAUUUCCGUCAAUGUGAUGCAGAAGGAUGGACAAAUGAUAUUCCGAUAUGUGAAGUUGUUAAGUGUUUGCCAGUGAAGGAACCAGAGAAUGGGAGAAUUAUCAGUAGUGCGACAGAACCAGAUGAGGAAUAUUAUUUUGGACAAGCAGUGCAGUUUGAGUGUAAUUCAGGCUUCAAACUUGAAGGACAGAAAGAAAUAUAUUGUUCAGAAGAUGGUCAUUGGAGUAAUGAGAAACCAAGAUGUGUGGAAAUUUCCUGUACAUCGCCAGAAAUUAGAAAUGGAUAUUCUAUAUCUCCGAAGAAAAUUUAUAAGGAGAAUGAAAGAUUUCAAUAUAAAUGUAAUCAAGGUUUUGAAUACAGUGAAAAAGGCAAUGCUAUCUGCACUAGUUCAGGAUGGAGUCCAACUCCCUCAUGUGAAGAAGUAACAUGUAAUCCUCCUUAUAUUCCAAAUGGUGUUUACUCACCUCAAAGGAUUAAGCACAGAACUGGAGAUGAAAUCAGAUAUGAAUGUAAAAGUGGUUUUUAUCCUGCAACCAGGGGAAAUACUGCAAAAUGUACAAGUACUGGCUGGAUACCUCCUCCAAGAUGUAGCUUGAAACCUUGUGAUUUUCCAGAAAUAAAACAUGGACGUCUGUACAAUGAAGAAAGAUAUAGACCAUACUUUCCUGUACCUAUAGGAAAACAAUAUGCCUAUGAAUGUGAUGAAAAUUUUCUGCCUCCUUCAAAAUCAUACUGGGGUUACAUUUAUUGCACAAAAGAAGGGUGGCUGCCAGAAGUACCAUGCAUCAGACAAUGCAUUUUCAAUUAUGUGGAAAAUGGAUAUUACCCACGUGAAACAAGAUAUUCACUACAUGAAUCUGUUAAAGUUGACUGUUAUCCUGGCCAUAGUCUUUCAAAUGGUCAAAACACAGCUACAUGUACAGAGAAUGGCUGGUCCCCUCCUCUCAAAUGCAUUCGGAUUAAAUAUAAGUGCAAACCAGGCUAUGUAACUGAAGAUGGUAAAACAUCGGGAUCAAUUACCUGCCUCCAAGAUGGAUGGUCAGCUCAACCCUCCUGUGUUAUUUUAGAAAGAGAAUGCAGGAUUCCCAAAAUGGGAAAAUUCUUAAUGGCUGAUCCCAAGAAAGAUAAAUAUAAAGUUGGAGAUUUGUUGAAAUUUUCCUGCCGAUCAGGACUUACAAGAGUUGGACCAGAUUCAGUACAAUGCUAUCAUUUUGGAUGGUCCCCGGAUAUCCCAACGUGUAAAGAUCAAGUACAGUCAUGUGGUCCACCUCCUCCACUAUUCAAUGGGGAAGUUAAAGAAACAAAGAAAGAAGAAUAUGGACACAAUGUAGUAGUAGAAUAUAAUUGCAAUCCUAGAUUUUUGAUGAAGGGACCUAAUAAAAUUCAAUGUGUUGAUGGAACGUGGACAACCUUGCCAAAAUGUAUUGAGGAGGAGAGAACGUGUGGAGCUAUACCUGAACUGGACCAUGGCUUUGCCCAGCCUUCUGACCCGCCUUAUCACCAUGGGGAUUCAGUGGAGUUCAAUUGUACAGAAACCUUUACAAUGAUUGGAGACAGAUCAAUUACAUGUAUUAGUGGAAUGUGGACCCAACUUCCUCUCUGUGUUGCAACAGAUCAACUUGAGAAGUGUCAAGCACCAAGACUAACUGCAAAUGAAGCAAAUAAAUCAGAUAAAAAUGAAUAUGAUCAUAAUUUUAACUUCAGUUACCAAUGUAGGGGAAAGUUGGAGCAGAAACAUUCAAUCUGUGUCAAUGGACGAUGGGACCCUGAACCAACCUGCACAAAAGUGGAGAUAAACUUCUGCCCACCUCCACCUCAGAUUCCCAAUGCUGAAGAUAUGAAAACCACAGUGAAAUAUCAAGAUGGAGAAAAAGUAUCUGUUCUUUGCAAAGAAAAUUAUCUGAUUAAGGAAGCAGAAGAAAUUGUGUGCAAAAAUUAUAUUGCCUAUGGCUAUGUCUGUCUUGGUAAAAGACUCAUAUCUAACUUAAUAUAUUAUACUCAUUUAUUUUUUUCAGAUGCAUGUGUAAUAUCAGAAGAAAUCAUGGAAAGAUAUCACAUAACCUUAAGAUGGAAAGAACACCAAAAGCUUUAUUCUUCAUCAGGGGACACUGUUGAAUUUGUGUGUAAAUAUGGAUAUUCUCCAUCAACACGAAAUCAAUCAUUUCGUACAAGGUGUAUUGAUGGUCACCUGGAAUAUCCCAUUUGUAAGAAGAGAUACUCUUAAUCUCAUUAAAAUGUCCACUUAAAUUCAGAAUUUUUAUUAUUAAUCUAGUUUUCAAUUUUAUUUUAUUGUUUAACUCAUUUUUAUUCAUAAAUUAGAAUUUGAGUUGAUACCUUCUAAUGUGUUUAGAAUCUGAGAGGCUAGAGCCCCACAUCUUAAAAGCACUGCAUUCAAAUUUGGUGUACCAAAGUACCAUGCAUCCUAUUCAUAAAACAUCUAUGCAAGAAAUUAGA